CUCAAAAGAGAAACACUCACUCUGCCGUCUCUAGCAGAGCCCAAGAUCUCGCUUUCCCAUCUUUCUGUCUUUCUAGGGCGGGAAAUGGCGCCACCAUCGGAUCAGCCUCCUCUUCCACCGGCGGAGCCACAACAGAGGCCGCGCCAGCAGCAGCCGCAGAGUUUCGGGCAGAUGCUCUCGGGCAUCAUACGGAUGGCGGUUUUCUGGUAUUUCGCGAUGAAGUUCUUCUCUCCCAAAAAGCCCUCCGAUCCUUCCCAACUCAUCUCUAAUAUCUUCCAAAAGGGCGAGCCUCUUGACAUGUGGCUUUAUAUUUCUGAAUAUGAAAAGUUCAACGACUUUGGUAACGAGGGUGCCCUUGUUUGGCAUGAGACAAAUGUUCCGUAUGCAGUUUGGGGACGAGAUAGCAGUAGGUCUCAUUCGUUGAAGUAUUAUCCAUCGGAGGCUGUGAAGAAUAAUGGGAGCCUGUAUGCACAUGUUUUCUUUGCUCGGUCGGGUUAUCCUCCAGAUCCAAAUGAUCCUGAAUAUCAGCCUUUGUCUGCAUUUGGGAGGACACACUCCAUCGUGGCAUACUUGCCCAAGUCAAAAUCAGAUAAAAGAAGGAGCCUAUUGGGAAGUUCCAAAGAAUCUGAAGAGGUUGAACCGUCUUCUGAGGCCAUGGAUGAAAGUCUCGUUGAUUCUAAAGAUGAUGGACCUAUAGAAUGGGUUUCAUAUUGGAAACCGAAUAUUACAAUUAAUCUAGUUGAUGACUUCACAAGAUACCCCCAUAAUGCUAUUCCACCAAAUAUUGCUGGUUACUUGAAUGUUGAGCAUUCUACUGGGAACUACUACCCAACGGUUUUCUUCAAUGAGUUUUGGCUGCUAAGGGACAAGUUGAUACCACUCAAUGAUACAGUGACCGAAUUGCUGCUAAAUUUAGAGCUGGGUCCCAUUAGCAUGACAAAGUGGCAACUAUUCUUACAGAUUGAUCAAUCAUUCCAGAUUCACCGAAGCUAUGGAAGUAUGCUCGAAGGCGAGGCUGAUCAACUUAAGAGGGUAUUCUUGGAAGGAAAUCCAUAUCUCCUGGUGAUUACAAUGGUUGUGUCUUUAUUUCAUUCGGUGUUCGACUUCUUGGCAUUUAAGAAUGAUAUUCAGUUUUGGAACAAAAACAAGUCCAUGGAGGGACUCUCCGCUAAGUCAGUUGUCGUUAGCUUUAUCUGCCAGAUGAUCGUUUUUCUCUAUCUACUUGACAACGAUACUUCCUGGAUGAUCCUUGCGAGCUCUGGCAUUGGUUGCUGCAUUGAAUUUUGGAAAAUUGGGAAGGCCAUGCACAUUGAGAUUGACAGAAGCAGAACGAUCCCCAUGUUGAGAUUCCGAGACCGUGAAUCUUAUGCCCAAAAUAAAACAAAAGAGUAUGAUGAUCUUGCUAUGAAGUAUCUAUCCUAUGUUCUUUUCCUCCUUGUGGCAUGCUCUUCCAUCUACUCUCUCAUGUAUGAGCGCCACAAGAGUUGGUAUUCUUGGAUACUCUCUUCCCUUACAAGCUGUGUGUACAUGUUUGGUUUUAUUAUGAUGUGCCCACAACUGUUCAUAAAUUAUAAGCUGAAAUCAGUUGCUCAUCUACCCUGGAGACAGAUGACCUACAAAUUCCUAAACACCAUCAUCGAUGAUCUAUUUGCUUUUGUCAUCAAAAUGCCGAUGUUACACCGGCUCUCCGUUUUCCGAGAUGAUGUUAUUUUCCUGAUAUAUCUCUACCAGAGGUGGAUUUAUCCGGUUGACAGGAAACGUGUAAAUGAGUUUGGUUUUGGGGGUGAAGAUGAAGACAGUGGCUCAACUAACGCUGAUGUGGCUGCCAUUCAGGACACUGAUUCAUCUGUCGAGAAGGUCAAAGAAAAGAAGACCAACUGAACUGAGCUGUUCUCAUUAGGCUUUGAAAUCAUGUUUGCAGCACAGUUGAACUGUAAAAUUAAAAUAGGAUUUGGUUUCUGGUCUACUCUUUUAGACAUCCUACCUGAAGCAUGUCAGAUUCCAGGUGCACUUGGCCAUCUCUGCCAUAUGGCAAAAAUUUUAUGGCUGAGCAGGACGUGGGGAGCUGGGGCUCCAUUGCUGAUUGUAUUACAUAAGUAAUGAUGGCUUUGUUUCUAUUUCAUUCUCUGUUUCUAUUUU